AUGGCGGUCAAUACUGAUGUCACGCAAUUUACCAAUGAGUUAAAUAAAUUAACAAAAGAUAAGUUGAUUUUUAUAAUUAUACAUCAAAAGAUACCGGAUGGUAGUGUAGUUAGUGAAGAUCUUUGGGAAUAUGUGGAAAGUCAUUUAAAUACCGACGAAAAGAACUUCUUUGAUAGUGACGAUCAUAUUAAAUGUGAUAAGGUGACGUGCAUAAAUUCAUCUGCUGACCUGCGGAUAGCAAAGGUUGAGAUUGCCGCAGCUAAAAUGCUUGUCGAGGAGGAGAGGUUAGUAGAAAACCUCAAUUAUAUAAUUAAACUUUUAAAGUUAUCACCUCAAAGUGAGGUUACGAAGCAUUGUAAACAAACUGAACCAAAACAACUACCAUCGACCUCGAACGCAGUUUUGGAUACCGCCAGUGGAGGCUACGCCCCAGUCGGUCCUAGGGCUGCAGUGCCAAGGCCCCACCCAGUUCGAAAAUUCGGCGAAACGACGAUGAUGGUACCGCAGCCGGCAGCGCUCGGCAGUACCCACAGUACCCGAGAAACAUGCACAAAAAGAGAUUACAAUGUGAUGCGAGCUGAUAAAGCCAAUUGUUCUUCAGCAUCAGCCCUAAUAAAGCCAAAUGCUACAGCCAACGUGAAUUUCUCUCAAUUAUCUUUAACGCUUUGGGACAGGAAUUUCCUCAGAUUAGUCCACAGAUUUAAAUGA